UUGGACAAUUUGUUCAAUUUUUUUUUCUUUGCUCUUUGUUGUCAUCUUAUUUCCUACUUCCUUUUAAAUUUGUUUAAAUAAUCAUUUGGCUUUUUUGAUUCUUUAAUUAAAAGUGAAAAUAAUGGACACUGUUGAUUAUUUGAAAGAACUCUGCUUUGUGAGUGGGAAGAAUUGGAACAUGAUUGACUCUAUUUAUUCAUCUGACCCAGGAAAAUGUAUCAAAUCAGUAAUGUUUAUAAAGAACAAUGUCAUUGGAAGCAAUAAGAAUAAAGAAAACAUCAUUGAAAGAGGAAUCGUUCCAAGACUUUUAAAAUUGAUUUUAGAUGAAACAGUCAAGGAGCAACUUUGCCAUGAAUCUAUCGCUAUUAUUUGUAGUUUGGCCAAAGGUACUUCGGAUCACCUGAGAGUGAUAAUUGAUGUUGGAACGGUUCCCGUGUUGAUGCAAAAAAUUUCAGAUCCAAAAAGUAGCUCAUCACUAGUUGAGAUCAGUUUAAGAGCAUUAAGAUCCAUCUUCACUUCAUCAUAUGCUCCUAUUGAUCUUAUUUACGAUUCAAAACCUUACGGGGUAUCUUUUGUGACUUUCCUAUUGAAAUUGGCCUUGUCAUCUCGUAACUGGGUUAUUCAGGAAUGUAUCGCCAAUAUUUUGGCUAAUUCAUGCCAAACCGUUGAACAUCAAGCUGCACUGUGCAACUACGGUGCUAUCCAAACAGUUGCUAACCUUACCCUUUCGCCAGCUUACAAGGUUAAAAUACCAGCUCUUGAACUGUUGGCAGCGAUUUGUCACCAAAAUGAGGCUGCCUCUGAAAUUGCUGUUUCAACUUCAAUCAAUGGUAAAAGACUUCCACAAAUAUUGACUGAGCUUAUGAACCAGGAAAACACGCCAACAAUUCAAUUCAACGCAGCGAAAUGCUUGACUUACAUGUACCGUGCUGGAGCAAUUUUGUCCAAAGACAAUGAAAUUGUUUUCAAAACUCUCCCUACAUUGGCUCGUAUGUGUGAAAAGGAUAAAGAGCCCUGUAUAAGAGCGGCAUCGGCUCAUAUUCUUGCCUAUUUAACUGAAGUAGAUUCUGAACUUCAAAAAACUGCAGCUAUUUGUAAUCAUAUUAUACCAACAUUAGCCGAUUUUUUCAAAUAUCAACCUUCAUGUCAAGGACUUUCAGAGAAGCAAAAUGCUGUUCCUUUUGAAAAAAGUUCAUCACCACAAGACGAACCUGCAUCAAUGACUGAGGCUGAUUUUGUCGAAAAAGUAAAGCUAACCAUCGGUCAGGAGAUGAAAGAAGCUGCUCUCAAGGCGUUUGCUUCUUUAGCUGCUAACGAAGAAGAUACAAGAAAGAAGAUAAUAGAAACAGAUAUGCUGAUGGAAAAUAUUAUCAAUGGUUUAUCAGAUCCCAAUUUAAAGAUCAGAUUGGCAGCAUUACGAUGUCUUCACUCAUUAUCGAGAUCAGUUCAACAAUUAAGGACAACCUUUCAAGACCAUCAUGUUUGGAUUCCAUUGAAGAGUCUUUUAAAUAAUGCAACUGAUGAUGUUUUGAUUGUUGUAUCGAGCACCUUAUGUAAUCUUCUUCUUGAAUUCUCACCAAGCAAAGAACAUUUCUUGGAUCGUAAUGCGGUAGAGAGACUUUGCUCUUUAACUGAACGUUCAGAAACCGCUUUAAGAUUGAACGGCGUAUGGGCUCUCAUGAAUAUGGCAUUUCAAGCAGAUCAAAAUACGAAAAACCAAAUCCUCACUUGUCUUGGAACUGCUCAAAUUUUAAAGCUAAUUUCAGAUCCAGAGUCAACAAUUGUAAUAAAAACUCUUGGUCUCAUUCGUAACUUAUUAUCCACUAAAUAUCACAUAGAUUCAAUCAUGUCAUCUCAUGGAAAACAAUUGAUGCAAGCGGUCAACAUGGCUCUUGAUGAUGAACAUCCAGCCGAUAUUAAAGAGCAAGCACUUUGUAUUCUAGCGAAUAUCGCUAGUGGCAAUGCUGCCAAAGAAUUCAUCAUGUCCAAUGAGGAAGUUCUCAAGAAGCUCUUGAACUACAUGAUCCACAGUAAUGUCAAAUUACAAAUAGCGUCGGUCUUUUGUGUAUCUAAUUUACUUUGGAAAGAGGAAGAUGGGGCAGCUAAACGCCAAGCUAAAUUGAAAGACAUGGGAGUUAAAAGUGCUUUGAAACAGCUUCUCCACACUCAAGAUACAGCGUUAUUUGAUCGAGCUAAAACGGCAUUAGAUCAAUUUUCCAAUUUUCAUUAGAACCAUUUGAGAUUAAUUUGAAAAUGGUAAUUUUAUACAUUCUAUUUCUCUCACAAUUUGUAUAAUUUGUGAUACAAGUCACAAAUCUGAUGAGUUGUUGUCAACCUAAACAAAUCACUCGGUUGAAUAAACCAUCAUCUUAACGUCAAAUCAAAA